AUGGAAGCUUCUUUAAAUCUGGCUCAAAAAAAGACAACUGACUGUCUUGAUCUAAAAUACCCAGACCUCCAAGGAAAAACCAUAAUCCUCACAGGAGGCUCAAGCGGGAUAGGAAGAGAAGCUGCUAAAAUUCUCCUCAAAUCAGGUGCCAAUCUAAUUUUAAUCGGUCGACGAACCCAGCUCCUUGAUCAGCUCGACCAAAUUCCUAAGAAAAAAGGCACAUUAACAGUCCAUGCCUGUGACUUAGAACGUCCAAACGAAAUAAAAUCAGUCAUAAGCCGCAUUGUAAUGGACAACCAAGGAAAAAUUGACGGUGUCGUAAACUGUGCAGGGAUAAUCGAAAGCAAAGAUUUUAGCGAAACCACUUUACAAGAAUGGGACAUGGUCAUGAAUAUAAAUUUGCGAGCUCCGAUGCAGAUUAUUUCUAUGCUUAUUCCUUUUAUGAAAUUUACUGGUGGGUCUAUAGUCAAUGUGUCAGCCUCGCCUGUGCCUAGACCUAAACAGACCAUUUUUAGUGUGUCUAAAGCAUGCUUGGAUAGCUUGACUCAGUGUGCAGCAUUAGAAUUAGGAGGGUUUGGGAUUAGGGUUAAUGGAGUCGCACCUGGGAUAACGGAUACUUCGUUGAGAAUGCAUCAGGUAGAACAGAGAAUCACGCAGGCGCAGAAUGAUAAUUUAAUGAAAGCGGCAGGUUCGGAAACACCAAUGAAAACAAUAAAUACAGCGAAAAAUAUAGCAGAUUCCAUUGUGUGGCUGCUUAGUGAACAGUCAUCGUAUUCUUGGGAUCAUUAAAUAGUUUUCAUUUAAGAUAAAUCUUCAAAUUCACCUCAGCUUGGACCACAGCUCUCGAUAACGGUAGGCUGGACUAACCGUCGACCUGCUUUAUCCCUAAGCCCCUUAGGAUCUCUCUGAUCUACACCAGACUCACUGCAGACCCGUUUUUUAGCCAAGACUCUCAAGAAAUCGUGGACUUCUCUCACUGAGCUCGGAUAUAGGACUGAGUCCUAUCCUUGUCAUUUUUAAUUGUCAUUAUUAAAUAGAAGAAAUUAUUUUUUUAAAAAAAAAUUAAAAAAAUUAGCCGAAAAGGUAUAUGUAAAUGGAGAAAUUAUUUGUGUUGAUGGUGGAGCUUCCAUAAAAACAGCUACAAGUGAAAUUGCUUGGCAUCUUCCAGAGCCUGUUGUGACUGAAUCUCUGCUCUCUCAAGGCAUGAAAGCUUUAAAUCUCGGCAAGUUCUUUGCUCAAAAAUAA